AUGCCGUCGCCACGAGGCGAAGGGGAGGAGGAGGGAGGGAUGGUGGAGGCGGUGGAGAGGCCGUGGCCGUCGACGACAGACAAGUUGAACGUGCCGGGCACACGCGCUCUGGCCCGGGCCCUUUCCCACGCCUCCUGCGCGCGCCACCGCCGCCACCUGCAGCAGCGGUCGACGCGCGUGCUGCGACAGACCCGCGCGUGCGCCGUGAUCCUCCGUCAUCCACGCCCUCUGCGGACCCGUCGCCUGCGCCCCGCGCCCCGCCACGGCCCGCCCUCCGCUGCAGCUCUCCUCGCCGAACCGCAAUAUGCCCCGUUACGUGCCCGCCCGUGCAUCCACACAGCACCGGUCGACCCCACUCCUCGGCUGCUAAUCCCUAUCAAAGCGGUCCUGGCCCCCCUCCGCACGGACGCCAUACCGUCUCGCUGGGCCCCUGCCGUGCCCUCUUUCGUCCCCUCCAGCUUGCGCCUCGCGUCAUCGCAUCUUGGGCUUUCCGCUCCCACAGACGCACCCGCUGCCCGCGAUGCCCUCGUCCGCUUUACUCCGCCGGGCCUCCCCUGCCCCGAAUGGCGCGCGCGCCCCAAACGGCCUCCACACCCUGGAUAG